AUGAAUAUUACCGUGGUAGAGCUGGAUCCAGAGAUGGUCAAGAUUUCAAAAAAAUGGUUCAAUUUAACUCUCGACAAAAGGCACCAUCUUGUUAUGGGAGACGCUAUAGAAUAUGUGAAAGAAGCCAUGCAAAAAGGAGAAAAAUACGAUAUUAUACUCGUAGACGCUUGCAGCACACGAGAUGCCUUAUGUCCGCUAGAAGAAGUGUUCAAUGUGGAGGGCGCCAAAAUGUUCUCAUCUAUACUAAAUGAUCGAGGAGCUCUAAUUGCAAAUGUUUACGCCAUGACAAAUGACCUAACGAAAUUAGGCAACAAGGUCAUGACCUGCACCAAUCAUCCAAGACCACAAGGAUUAGAAGAGAAAUAUGCAACAUUCAUGAAAUACUCAGCUGCAGGAGCGGAAGCAGCGCCUAUGGUUGAACUUCUAUGA